CCUCCAUUAAUUACUCCCACAUCACCAAUAUUCUAGAGCACAUAUUUCACGUUUUCAUUCACGUCCAUUUCAUGAAUACAUAACACCACCCAACCUUCCAACUUUUUUAUGCCUCCCCCUACUCCAAUCCUUUAUCUCUUUAAAUUUAGAUAUCAUUUGCAAAUUGCAAACUCCCCAACACCUCUUGUCUUUCUUGCCUUUCUUUUUCUUUUUUAACCUGAUAUACGUGUCCCCAAACACGGACGUUUUAUUGCUUAGCGCAUUUUCUUAGUAUUAAUAAAGUAAAGUAGUGUCUAAUCACCAUCAUCAUCGUACUUUGCUUUGUAUUAUAGCUGGAGAUAAUCAGACACCAUAUUGGGAAAGAAAACAGAAAAAAGAAACUAGUAGUAGUAAUGAAUAACCCCAGAGAUUGGCCAGAACCCAUAGUCCGAGUACAAUCUUUAUCAGAUAGUGGCAUCUACAAAAUUCCAGAUAGAUAUGUGAAGCCACCAACGGAGAGGCCAAUAUCAUUACAUACUAAUGAUGUUAACAUCCCGAUCAUUGAUCUUGAGGGAUUGUUUAACGAUGAAAGCACAAGUUUAGUUGAGCAAAUAUCAGAGGCAUGUCGGAACUGGGGUUUCUUCCAAGUGGUGAACCACGGGGUUCCUACAGAGCUCAUGGACCAAGCCAGACAAGUAUGGCGAGAAUUCUUUCACCAGCCCAUGGAAAUGAAGCAGUCUUACGCCAAUUCACCCAAGACUUACGAAGGCUAUGGCAGCCGUCUUGGUGUAGAGAAAGCUGCCAUUCUGGAUUGGAGUGACUAUUAUUUUCUUCACUAUCUUCCUUGUUCUUUGAAAGACCAGAAAAAGUGGCCUGCUCUUCCUCUUUAUUUAAGGGAAGUAAUUGAAGAGUAUUCAAAACAAGUGGUGAAUUUUGGGGGGCGUUUAAUGAAGGUAUUAUCAGCAAAUCUUGGAUUAAGAGAGGAUUACUUGCAAGAUGCAUUUGGAGGGAAUGAUAUUGGAGCAUGUUUAAGGGUUAAUUUUUAUCCAAAAUGUCCACAACCAGAUUUAACCUUAGGUCUUUCUCCACAUUCGGAUCCUGGUGGCUUAACCAUUCUUCUCCCUGAUCAGCACGUCGCCGGCCUUCAAGUUCGCCGGAACGGCGACUGGAUUACGGUAAAACCAGCUUCGCAUGCUUUCAUUGUCAAUAUUGGUGAUCAAAUUCAGGUACUAAGCAAUGCUAUAUACAAAAGUGUAGAGCAUAGAGUAAUCGUAAAUUCAGAAGAAGAACGAGUUUCCCUUGCAUUUUUCUACAAUCCCAGAGGUGAUUUGAUGAUAGAACCAGCUAAAGAGUUGGUAACACCACACAAUCCUCCAUUGUAUCCACCAAUGACUUUUAAUGAAUAUAGACUCUACAUAAGGACAAAAGGCCCUCAAGGAAAAUCACAGUUAGGGAAAUCCCAAAAAUCUUCAAGAUGACUGCAAAAAUAUUACUAGAAUAAGGUAAUUACUAUGAAUAGUCACCGGCAUCCGAGAAAGAAUAGAAGAAUGGGUUCUAUUAUGAGAUAUACGAUGUACUAUAGAAGUAUGAUCAUUUCUUAUGAACUUAUUAAGAAUGACUGAUCUCGUUCAUGACCUAUUAGAAGUAAAAAGCGUUCAGAUGGGAUCUUCACAGACAGAAAAACAUUACUGGAUUUUUAUUAAAGGGGGUGGGGGAGUCUUAUUCGGUAUUCAACGCCUGUUUUUUUUUUCUUUUGCCAUAUUUAUUUUGAGUAAAUUGACAAAAUGGUGAUCAACUGUCU